ACUGCCUCUUGUUUCCAUUCUGUUCCUCAGCUCUUCCCCUGCUCUUCCGCUACUACGUAGCCUCACUCCUCCAACGACCAAGCUAAUACAUUCUUAUUAAAGAUGGAGAAGGAACGUGAGAACCACGUCUACCUUGCCAAGCUUGCGGAGCAAGCCGAGCGCUACGAUGAGAUGGUUUCAUCCAUGAAGGAUGUUGCCAAGCUCGACGUUGAGCUCUCCGUUGAGGAGCGCAACCUCCUCUCCGUUGGCUACAAGAACGUCAUUGGAGCUCGCAGGGCUUCAUGGAGAAUCAUGUCUUCCAUUGAGCAGAAGGAGGAGAACAAGGGCAACGAGCAGAACGUGGCGAGGAUUAAGGAGUACAGGUCUAAGAUUGAGGCAGAGCUUUCUGAUAUUUGCCAAGACAUUCUCAACAUUAUCGACAGCAACUUGAUCCCCUCAUCCGGCACUGGCGAGUCCAAGGUCUUCUACUACAAGAUGAAGGGUGACUACUACCGCUACCUCGCGGAGUUCAAAACUGGCGCUGACAGGAAGGAGGCUGCUGAGCAGUCGUUGAAGGCGUACCAGUCAGCUUCUGAGAUUGCCACUGUCGACCUUGCACCAACUCACCCCAUCCGCCUGGGUUUGGCCCUGAACUUUUCUGUGUUCUACUACGAGAUUUUGAACUCCCCAGAGAAGGCCUGCCAAUUGGCCAAGCAAGCCUUCGACGAGGCUAUUGCGGAGCUCGACACUUUGAGCGAGGAGUCUUACAAGGACAGCACCCUCAUCAUGCAGCUUCUUCGUGACAACUUGACACUCUGGACGUCAGAUCUUCAGGAUGAGGCUGCCAAGGACGAGCCUGCUGAAGAGAAGAAGGAAGAGAAGCCUGCUGAUGAGUGAUCAUAGCAUAUCUGACCAUCACUUUCCCAGAACACCUAGGUAGUCUUGGAUAUAUUCAUCCCUCUUGUUUUGGUUCUUUUAUACCACUUCAGCUGCCGCUCUCUAGCUUCAUGAUCGUACUUGCUGUACAAUCAAGUAAAUCAAUACAGCACUGCAGAGCACCAGGCUAAUGCACAUGAACCUAGUGGGUUCUGGUAGGAAGGUUUCAUGAACAUGCUCAACUAGCUGCUACGGUAGAGGUGAGUUUUUCCAUUACUGACAUUUGCCUAUGA